AUGACGUUGAAUGCCAUUCAGUGUUCUAAGGAGGAACACAAGGUGCAAUAUGUGAUCAAAUUUGGAUCAGGUUACCAGUACCUAUCUUUUGAUCCCACUACAACGCUCGUGGGAGAGGGAUCGUGGGAUGAAAAGAAGAAUAAGCUAUGCAUAGUUGCUUGCCGGUUUUUGAACUCCAUCGACUCAUUGGACAAUGCCCAGCUUGGUGAUUGUUCGAUUAGGUUGAGCUUGAGGUUCCCUGCUCUCUGGACAAUCAAGAGUAGGACACGUAUUUUGGGCCAGAUUUGGACCAACAAAACUGCUAACGAGUCCGGAUACUUCAAUAGGAUCACAUUUAGAAGUCGUGACAAUAGCAUAACUGUGGUUCCUGGUUUGAGAUACGAGUACACAGUAACCGAAAAAGUAGGGAAGUUGUGUCCUUUCAACAAGCAGGUUAUAAAGAAGGGCAACAGAUAUCCAAAGUGGAAGUCUAGCGACUUGGAAUUUCACAUGUUGGUUAGAGAUUCCAUGGGGAAUCGUACUAGGAUUCAAGCAAUGCCUAGCUUUUUCGGUGAUCAGAAUUAUGAGCUGAAUCAAUUUCCUGUGGUCGAGGAAAAGACUACAUAUCGCGGCCCAUUGAAUAUUACCUACGCGAUUUUGCCAUAUCAGACUUCUUCAGCUACAUCGGUAAUUUUCAAUAGUACCCUUGACAUUUCUGCUGAAGGGUUGUAUGAUGAGGAAACAGGAAGGGUAUGUAUGGUAGGCUGUAGAAAGCUAUCAACAGGUGAAUCAAUGGACUGUGAGCUUCUUUUGAAAUUCCAAUUCCCGCCGGUAAAUGCAAAGGAAGUAGGGCAAAUUACAGGAAGCAUCGAAAGCAUGAGGGGGCAAACUGACCCUCUUUAUUUCAAGCAAUUGGAAAUGACUGGAUGGGUUUUCUACAGAGAGGAAGCCAAAAGAUCCGUUCAGCGGUUGGAUUGGGAGAUCGUGAUGGUUUUGAUCUCCAACACUCUCGCUUGUGUGUUUGUGGGGCUGCAAAUUUUUUACGUGAAAAGGAACCCUCAAGUGCUUCCUUUUGCGUCCCUUUUCAUGCUUGUGAUCCUCACUUUAGGGCAUAUGGUUACUCUUGUGCUAAACUUUGAAGCUUUGUUUCUAGGAAAUCGCAAGCGAAAUAACGUAUGGCUUGGGAGUCAAGGGUGGCUCGAAGUGAACGAGGUGAUUGUGAGAGCAGUUAAAAUGGUGGCUUUCUUGUUGCAACUCCGGCUUCUCCAACUGGCGUUUUCUGCACGUUUGGGCUACGAAAACCAGAAGGGCAUAUGGGUUGCUGAAAAGAAGGCAUUGUUUGUUUCUACAACAUUGUACGCAUCGGGGUUGCUUUUGGCUUUGUUUCUAAAUACAAGGAAUUUAAUAUCUUAUGGUGGAUUGAUCCUCGACGGUUUCCUUCUCCCUCAAAUCCUCCUCAACAUUUUCCAUAUCUCAAAGGAAAAUGCUCUUUCUCAUCCAUUUUACAUCGGAACCACUUGUGUUCGGUUGCUACCUCAUGUGUAUGAUCUUUACCGGGCUCACAACUUUGCACGAGUCCAAUUUGAUGGGGCAUACCCUUUUGCAAAUCCUUACGUGGAUUUCUACUCCCUCACUUGGGACGUAGUUAUUUCUUGUGGGGGUGUUCUGUUUGCGGUUUUCAUUUACUUGCAGCAGCGAUUUGGUGGGCAGUGUAUCCUUGGGCGGAGAUUCAGGGAGGUUGAAACGUACGAGAAGGUGCCGAAGCUGCUUCAAGAACAUAAUGUUUCGGUAUCUUAUAUAGCUGUGUAUUUUAGCUGUGGAUUGCAGUCCAAAAGGAAAUCAAAGGAAACUAUGAGGGCAAAAAAUCAGUUUGAUCAGAUAUUGAUAUUGAUAGACAUAUCAAAGUUCAUUAGGGUUGGUUUUAAGAAACGUCGACUUUCGAGAAGAGCAGCAUCCGUUCAUGGAUUGGGCACUACCGCACAAGUGUCGAGCAAAAUUAUUAGGAUAUUUGUAAUGUUUGUGGAGGGAUUACUUGAUGUGGUUAAUCGGAAUGAGAGAGGGGGUUCGGUGUUUGUGGCGGUGUGCGGCGUGGAGAAUAUUGGCCAAAUAUGGGAUGAUGGUGUUGUGUCAUGUGGGUGGUGGUUCGGUUUAUUGUUAAUUUUGUUGGGUCGUGGCUUGAAGUUGAGAGGCUGUAGGAAAUUUGGGAGAAUGGGUAUUGGUAUACAGUGGCAUUAUGAUUUUGGAUUUGGGUUUUAUCAGUUGUCUAAGCCUUGGGUUUUAAAGGGUCUGGUUAGCCUCCAUUUUGCGUGUUCGAUUGCAUUACGUUUGGACCCAGGCUGCGUGUUCCAUGGGUUAGCCUUAUGGUUCACGGCCGGUCACUUCCAUUUUGGGGUGUGA